UGCUCUUCUUCUUCUUCUCCCCGUUGCAGCCCACCCGAAAGAAGAAAAAAAAAGGGAACCCAGCCAUGCCUUGGAAAACCAGUAAGGAGGCUUGAUGUUAUCCUUCUUUUCUUGUCUAAGGACAAGAUUUAGGAGCUUAGAAACCUUCUCCCCCUGCUGGAAAUUCCAGAUCUGCUCUACUCUGUCUUCCCCUGUCCGUGAGCUGCAGCUUGUGGGUGUGAUUUCUGGGCAUUUUUCCGAUCCCCCUCAAUUCCCCUGCACUGCCGCCGGCUUCUCCCCCUGCUAGGUCCGGUUUGCAGCUGGAAAAUUUUGGUUCCUGAUCGUUCUGUCAGUUUAGCACUGAGAUCGAGUCUUCGGUUUUAUGCGAGUAAGGAAGCGAAACCGAGGACGAGGAAACCACGGGAAGUGACGAGUUAGAAGGCUAGCCAUUGUGAGUUUGAUAUAGGUUUUAGAAAUAAAUCAUACUUUUGUAAGAUAGAUUUUACCUUGAAUUUAUGAGAUCAAAACAGAUUUCAGUCAUUAGAUCAAAUACUUGGAUUUAAGUCAUUUUGGAUAUAGAAAUAAAUUGAGAUGUUUGAUUUAAGUUAUGGAGUGGUAUCAGAUUGUGAUAUGAUUAAGUUUCGAGCCUUGUGCAUUUGUGGGACCCUCUCAUGAGUGCACGACAUUUGUCACGCCUCGGAUUUGGGUUUUGGGGCAUAACACUAGGUUUGAAGCUAAUUUCCUUGUCUUCAUUGGAUUUUAAAAAGAAGUACUCAACAUCAUUCGUAGGUUGGAAAGGCAACUAGAUGGCUGAUGAUUGUUUUCUCAACGCAACCUCCUUAUAGCACCUUCUAGUGAACUACCUUAAGGGGAACACCAACUUAGACUUGGUCAUGCAUGCCUUGACAUGGGUUACCAAGACAGAUUGAUUGGAAAAGAUUUGAGUUUUUCGAGCUGUAAGAGGAGUAGCAGUUUGCCAUGUACGACUUUAGUGACCAAGGUUUGAAGCUAAUUUCCUCGUCUUCACUAGAUUUUGAAGAGAAGUACUUGACAUCAUUUGUAGGUUGGAAAGGUAAUUGGAUGGCUGGUGAUUGUUUUCUCAACACAACCUCCUUACAACACCUUUUAGUGAACUACCUUAAGAGGGACACCAGCUUAGACUUUGUCAUGCGUGGCUUGACAUUGGUUAGCAAGAAGGAUAGAUUGGAAAAGAUUUGAGUUUUUGGAGUUGCAAGAGGAGUAGUGGUUUGCUUUGAGUCUACCAUGUUUGGUAUGAUGUGAUGGAAUUUUCUCUUAAUUGAAUAAUGAGAGGCAAAGAUC